AUGCACGGUUACAUGUACAAGGCUUGGGGCACGACCUACCCUACUGGUGGAGCCGGGGUGAUACUAACAAUGUCAGCCGCGCACGCCCUUGUCAAUGCUGCUAACAGUGGCAGUUGUAAGAUGAGCAACACUAACUUUGACGUCAUGCUAGGCAGAUGCGCUGAUGCUGCCAACGUCGAACGAGUUCACGUUGAGGGUAUGUGGCAGCAACCUGUAGGCACUCUAUCUAAGAGCGUCCUCACUGCACCAUGGGGAGUCCUUUCAGUACACAAGUACAAGAGCCCGCAAGAAGUCGCUGAGGCCUUCAGUUUGAGCGGUCCAUGCCAGUGA